AUCCGGGUCGGAGGGGACGGGAAGUCGGGACGUGGCCGCCGCAGCGGAGCCGGAGGAUGGCGGCGGCGCUGGGCUCGGACCGCCUGGAGGUGUCCGUGGACGGGCUGACGCUCAGCCCCAACGCCGAGGCGCCGCCGCCCUGCGAAGCGAGGCCGGGGCAGGGCGACCCGGCCGCGGCGAGGAGCCGAGCGGGGCCCGGCUGCCAGGGCCAGGCGGAGGCCGGCGGGGAGGCGGCGGCGGAGGAGACGGCGCUGAGCCCGGAGCGGCGCUGGGGCUUCGCGCUGGAGGAGCUGUACGGGCUGGCGCUGCGCUUCUUCAAGGAAAAAGAUGGCAAAGCCUUUCAUCCAACAUAUGAAGAAAAACUCAAACUUGUGGCGCUGCACAAGCAGGUUCUGCUGGGACCUUACAACCCUGACACUUGCCCUGAAGUUGGAUUCUUUGAUGUGCUGGGAAACGAUAGAAGGAAGGAAUGGGCUGCCCUUGGAAACAUGUCAAAACAAGAUGCUAUGACAGAAUUUGUUAAGCUCCUAAAUAGGUGCUGCCACUUGUUCUCAACGUAUGUUACUUCACACAAGAUAGAAAAAGAAGAACAAGAAAAGAAAAGAAGAGAAGAAGAAGAACGAAGGCGCCGUGAAGAAGAGGAGCGUGAGCGUUUACAAAAAGAAGAAGAAAAACGUAGGCGAGAGGAAGAAGAGAGACUGAGAAGAGAAGAAGAAGAGAGGAGGAGAAUAGAGGAGGAACGGCUUCGGAUGGAACAACAAAAGCAACAGAUCAUGGCAGCACUGAACUCCCAGACUGCCAUGCAGUUCCAGCAGUACGCAGCCCAGCAGUAUCCGGGCAACUAUGAGCAGCAGCAGAUCCUAAUUCGACAGCUUCAAGAACAGCAUUAUCAACAAUACAUGCAGCAGUUGUAUCAAGUCCAGCUUGCACAGCAACAGGCAGCCUUACAAAAACAGCAGGAGGCAGUCGUGGCAGCAGCAGGGACACCUCUGACUACUGCAUCAAAGGUGAAUACACCUGCCCAAGGGGAUAUCCCAUCUAUUAAUGGGCAAGCCAGUACACAUGCAGACAGCCCUGAAAAAGAGCUGGAUCCAGAGGCUUUGGAAGAAGCACUGGAGAAUGGACCAAAAGAUUCUGUUCCAGUGAUAGCUGCUCCAUCAAUGUGGACACGACCCCAGAUAAGAGACUUCAAAGAAAAAAUCCGUCAGGAUGCAGACUCUGUGAUCACAGUGGGCCGAGGAGAAGUGGUUACAGUUAGAGUACCAACUCACGAAGAGGGGUCUUACCUCUUUUGGGAGUUUGCUACAGACAAUUAUGAUAUUGGUUUUGGGGUGUAUUUUGAAUGGACAGACUCCCCUAAUACUGCAGUCAGUGUGCAUGUCAGUGAAUCCAGUGAUGAUGAGGAUGAAGAGGAAGAAAAUACUAGCAGUGAAGAAAAAGCCAAAAAGAAUGCCAACAAGCCUCAGCUAGAUGAAAUAGUGCCUGUGUACAGACGAGACUGUCAUGAAGAAGUGUAUGCUGGCAGCCACCAGUACCCAGGGAGAGGAGUUUAUCUCCUUAAAUUUGACAACUCCUACUCUCUAUGGCGGUCAAAAACAGUUUACUACAGAGUUUAUUAUACUAGAUAAAGGUGUGGCUGUAUUUGAGGCUGGGCUGUGCAGAAGAUGUCAUUUUAUUUGGAAUUUUCUUCAAGCAUAAUGGAUCCUUUUGAGUCUGUGUUUUACCCUGUCUGUAUCUGUAUGGUUUGUGUGAACUUGCCCAAGCAGACACUGGGAUCUUCCUGCUCCAUGACACUAAUGCAUAUUGCAUUGGGCUUAACACAGGAUCUCCCCAGCCAUUUUGGGUAUUGAAGUUAAGCAAUGGAAAUCAUUGGAUCCAGUGCUUAAGGUCACAUCAGCUGCAUUUGUUCAAGCCUCAUGUAAAAAGGGGGAAGGAAGUUGCUGGUUCACUGGCUGAGUGAUCUGAUGUUUCCAGGUCUGUAUGCUUUGAAUACCUUGUUAACAGUUAAUUUAAAGGUCCCAUCAAUAGCUGGUAGAUUUGGAUGCAGUUUGCUGUGUAGCAAGUUUCUCUUAACUGUAAUCGAAUGUCAGAUUUUUACACCAUUAAAACUUGAAAAUUUAAGUUGAUGCAGUUUAGAAACAAGUUGUCUCAAUUCUGUCCUCAUCAAAGAAGAAACGUUCAGUUCCUUAAACUAGUGUAGUAGUUUAGGCAAGGAUGAACAGCAUCAUGGAAGUACAGCAAGUAACCUCUUCUGAAGACGUAAACUGAAACACAAUUGAGAACAUAGGUGACAAGUAGAACCUUAAUCUCUGCCCUGCUGCUAAUCCUAGAACAAAAGUCAUUUCUGGAGGCAAUUGACCUUGAUCCAGGGCACAAACAAUUUCUAAGUUUGGGUUUUUAACGGGGUAGGUUUAAAAAAAAAAAUCUGCACAACUUCCUGGUUUGUCUGUUUUUUUCUAAAGCCAGAAAGAAGCAUGUCGUGCAUCUGAAGAACAGUAAUGUUGCUUUACUGAAGUGUAGGAAUUAACGUGCACUAAUUAUGGAAAUCACUGCCAGUCCCUUUUAAUCUGAACUGGUGGUACCUGUGUGCAAACUUUCUGCUUUAAUCUGUAACUGCAGAAAGCCAGAAUAGAAUGCACAUAAAUAUUUAAUAGUGUAUCUUUUAAUCUCAAGUUCAUAUGGCUUGUAUGGUUCGGUUGGGGCAUUUCAGAUUUUGUGUAGCUGAACAAUGCAGGUGGCUACUUGACUUGAGGAUGCAGUAAACAUUCACUCUCCUUGGAGCCUUGCACCCAGGGGGUCGUGCAUUACAAUGAUGCCUUGUGGAAGUGCUCUCUGCGUGGGUAAUGCACUUUGUUACUGAAAGGAAUUGGGUACUUUGGGUCUGUCAGAUCAGUUUUUGCAGUAAGAUUUCCAUUGAUUAGCUGUAGCAUGUAUAAUUCCACAGCAAAUGAUGUUGAGUUUGGGGGAUUUGUCUGAAUGAUCAGUUUGUACAUACAUGAUACUUUACUUUACUCACACCAACCAUGGAGAUACUUCUCCUAGAGUGCUUAAUUUGUCAUCUUGCAUUUGGUUCUGCAACACCAUACCAGCUUUUAGCUAGUUAGUGCUGCUUUAUCCAAAAACACUGUACAAUGUUCUGCUCUUGUGUACAUACAGUAUAUAAACCAUGAAUUUAGUACCUUGCUUUUAAAGAAAAACUGUAUUUAA